UGUUCACACAAAACACUGUUUCGUAUCAGAAGGAGGAAGCGCUUCAGUCUUCUGCUGACUGAUCUGAAUCACAUCACAAAUCACCACUAAGAAUGAAGUUCCUUCUCAGUUUGACGACUCUCGUCGCUGCUUCAUGUGUCCUUAGUCUUGCUGAUGCUGACCAAAUGAAUGUCUUUUCAGAGGACAUCUUAAAACAGCUGUCAGAGGAUGGUGAGAAGCUUGUGAAUGAGGAGAUGAAAAGAGCACUGUAUGGCGUGAAGCAGAUGAGGGAGGUGAUGUGGAGGAAUGAGCAGAAGCAUGAGCACCUCAUGAACUCUCUGAAGCACAGCGGCGACAAGAAGAAGGGGGCAGCCCAGCUAGCAAAGGAUGUGAGUGAGAAGCUGGAGGAGGCGGAGGAGCAGUGCAAAGAUUCCCUGCAGUCAGAGUGGGAGGAAUGCAGACCCUGUCUGGAAGAUGCAUGUAAAACCUUCUACACCUCCACAUGCCGCAGGGGCUUUGCUUCUUUCCGCAGCAAGGUGGAAUCCUUUUUCCAAAGAGUCUCCAGACGCUUUGGUCCAAGAGAGCGUCCUCUGGAAGCAGGAGACAUCUUGAUGAACCAAAGUCCUGAUGAAUUAGAACCAGAUGUAGUUCAGAUUGAGAAUUCUUUCAAGCGAGUUAUGAGCAAGGUGGGGACCCUGGUGAAUUGCAGCAUCACUUUGGUCUCCAGGAUGAGCAGCAGGCUUGAUGGAGUUCUUCAGAAAGCUUUCCUGAACAACUCCAAUGAACUGUCAGAGGAAAGCGCUUCCGAUUCAUACUACCCUGGGCGCGACUCCGGCUUCCUGCAGGGCGUUGGGCUGGAGGAGGUGCUGGAGUCAUUCUUCGACUUUGGAAAGAGUGUGGUGGAGGAGUUUGGAGCUGUGGUUACCCAGGUGUUUGAUGAUAUCCAUCAGACUGUGGAGGAGGAGACUAAGAAAGAGAUAAAAAGCUUCCCUCGCUUCCUGCAGGACAGAAAGCUGUGCAAAGACCUCCGCAGGCAGACAUCAGAGUGCUGGCAGCUUCAGAACAAGUGUGAGACCUGCCAGGGAGCUCUGCUCACAGAGUGCACCAGUGUUCGUGAACUGCAUGUGGAGCUGGAUGAAAUAUCCGAGCUGCUGGAUGUCUCCAAACAGCAAUAUGAUGAAAUCUUGUCCAUUGUCCAGCGUCACACCGACGAGACGGUCAAGUGGCUAACCAACAUGGCAGCAGAGUUCAGCUGGGUGGCUCAGGCUGUGAGCAACAGCAGCACUCCUCAAAAUGUUUUCCGCAUCACAAUGGUGGCACCAGAGAGCCAUGAGGAGCAGAAUAUGUCUGCCACUGAGACUAAGGUGGAAGUAAAUGUCCUGAACUCUCCCCCACUCACACUCAACAUCCCUGGGGAGCUGGAGCUGCACGAUCCAGCUUUCAUCCAGUACGUGGCCCAGGAGGCUCUGGACAAGUACAAGGAGAUGGUCAGGAUUGAAGAUGCGUAACACUGCUCCAUCUUCUUUAUUUUCCGCAUUUAAUAGUAGUGAAGAUCUUCAUGUUGAUAUCCGAAGACACUACAG